UCCUCCUCCUCCUCCUCCUCCUUUCCCUUUACCUCCUCCUCCUUCUCUUCCUCUUCCUACUCCUCCUCCCUCUGCUUUUCCUUAUCCUCCUCCUCCUCCUCCUCCUCAUCCUCCUCCUCCUUAUCCUCCUCCUCCACCUCCUCCUCAUCCUCUCUCUUUACCACCUCCUCCUCCUCCUCCCCCUCCUCCUCAUCCUCUCUCUUUACCACCUCCUCCUCCUCCACCUCCUCCUCUUCCUCCUCCUCCUCCUCUCUCUUUACCACCUCCUCCUCCUCCUCCACCUCCUCCUCCUCCUCCUCCUCCUCCUCUCCUCUCCUCUCCUCCACCUCCUCCUCCUCCACCACCUCCUCCUCCUCCUCCUCCUCCUCCGCCUCCUCCUCCUCCUCCGCCUCCUCCUCUCUUUACAGUAGUGGUAGUGGUGGCUGUUGUAGUAGUAGUAGCAGUAGUAGUAGUUGUAGUAGUAGUAGGAAUAGUAGUAAUAGUAGUAGUUCCUCCACAGCCACAUCCUCCAACACGCCAUCAGAGUCCCGCCCUGUGCCCAGCCGUGAGCCCCGCCUGCCAACGCCAGAGAGGUACAGUGGAGACCCAAAAGGCUGCAGGGGUUUUCUGACCCAGUGUCAUCUGUCCUUCGACCUCCAGCCUGCUGCCUACCCGACAGAGCACUCUAGAGUGGCCUAUGUUAUCACCCUAUUGACCGGAAAAGCCCUGGCCUGGGCUACAGCUCUCUACGAAAGCAAAAGCUCUGUCUGCGGAUCCUUCGAAUCCUUCUCCAAGGAGAUGUUGAAGGUCUUCUCCCCAGAGGUCAGUAGUCGCACAGCAGCCAACAAACUACUUCAGCUUCGUCAGGGGCGCCAGUCUGCUGCGGACUAUGCCAUUCAGUUCCGCACCCUAGCAGCGGAGAGCGGCUGGGGUGAGCAGGCCUUGCUCGCUACAUUCUACUGUGGUUUGGCUGACCGCAUUAAAGAUCAGCUAGCUUCGUGGGAGGAGGCCGAAAACCUUGAGUCACUGAUCUCCCGAGUCAUCCGGCUGGACAAUCGGCUGCAGGAAAGAAACAAAGCCCCAAGAAGCAUGUUCUCCUUUGCAGUUCCAGCCCAUAGCACCCCAGCAGUCGACUCUUCUGAUGGAGGCCCAGAGCCCAUGCAGCUGGGGGGAACCCGACUGUCACAGGCGGAACGUGAGAGGCGCAUGAAGGAGCGCUGCUGCCUCUACUGCGGAAAGCCAGGACACUUUCGCAGCACCUGCCCGGAGCUUCAGGGAAAAGCCAAACCCCGUCCAGCCCCAGGAGAUCUGUGACGGGGGUGACAUCAUCUCCUGGUCUCCCUACAACCGGAUUCUUUGUUCCUGUCACACUCUCCUGGGAUGACCAGUCACACACUCUGCAGGCCUUUGUUGACUCUGGGGCUGCUGGCAA